GAACUGGAAGCGGAUGUGUGGAGCUGAGGCCGGAGCCGCCGCCGCCGCCGCGGGAGGAGACCCGGACCUGACCAGACCAGACCUGACCUGGAGCUGCUCUGCUGUGCUCUGCUGUGCUGUGGUGACCGCGGCGCUGCCCACAUGCUGUCCGAGAGCGGCCCCGAGCAGGUGAUGGAGGAGGAGGAGGAGGAGGAGCAGAGCCACAGCCACUCGCCCCCGGGGACCCCCCAGGCCCAGGGCAGCACCCAGUCCUCACACAGGCUCCUGGCGUACAGCGACGCCCUGAUCUCCAUCAUAGCCACUGUCAUGAUUUUACCCGUGUGUCAUACAAAAAUCAGUGCUGAUGAGGAACUAGAAGAAAGUCUACAACAGCUUCUUGCAACCAAGAUUGCUGUCUAUGUUAUGACGUUUUUAAUAGUGACAGUGGCUUGGGCCUCACAUAUCAGAUUGUUUCAAGUGAUUGAACGAAUAGAUGAUGUACUCGCCCUUCUCAACUUGGCAUGCAUGAUGCUUAUAACCUUCCUACCUUACACUUUUUCUCUGAUGGCUUCGUUUCCAGAUGACCCACUUGGAAUUCUGUUGUUUUGUGUUAGUGCCAUUGUCAUUGGAUUAAUUCAGGCAGUAAUUGUUAUUUAUGGGUUCAGUCGACCUUACUUAUUGAACACCCAGAUACAAGCGUCACAGGAGCAAACUCUUUACAAGUACCAAAUUCUGAAGAUGAUUUUACGAGCUCCAGCCUUCUUCCUUCUUGCAGCAAUCCUCUCUUUCAUCUUUUGUCCAGUGGCCUACGUAGUGCUUGCACUGGUUAUCUUUCUCCCAUACAUUACUGAAUGUUUGACGUGGUGUAAGAGCAAGAUAAGAGGUCCAAAAGAACCCAGAUUACAGCGAGUUCCGUUUUCCAACUUUCACUCAAAUGAGCCACUGAGCAAAGAGCGUGUAGAAGCCUUCAGUGACGGAGUUUUUGCUAUUGUUGCAACUCUUCUUAUUUUAGACAUAUGUGAGGACAAUGUUCCUGAUCCUAAAGAAGUUGCAAAGCAGUUCAAUGGCAAGCUUAUUGAAGCACUUAGUGAGUAUGGUCCAGAAUUCCUGGCUUACUUUGGCUCAUUUGUGACUGUUGGCCUUCUCUGGUUUGUCCACCACUCACUCUUUCUGUACAUCACUAAACCAACAAGACUGAUGGGCCUCCUGAACACGCUGUCACUGGCUUUCAUUGGUGGCCUGCCUUUGGCUUUUCGCCUCACCCAUGAAUUUACUGCAAAGUCUCACAAUGAACGUGAAGCCAUUCAGAUCAGCUGCGUUAUUAUUUUUCUCGCCAGUAUCUUCCAGUUUGCCAUUUGGGCUGUGGCACUUUACAAUGAAAAGGAAACCCUGCAUCGUCACAUCCAGUAUGGGGGUAAAGAGCAUGCUUUCAUGUUUGCAAAACUUUCACUUUAUCCUUCCAUGAGCUUUGUUACGUUCUGCCUGACAUACAUGUUAAGUAGGUUUAGCACUGAAAUUUUUCACUUGAUGCAAAUUAUUGUCCCUUUUGCAUUUGUACUUCUAAGAAUUAUAGUCCGAUUUGCUCUGGCUAUCUUAAAGUGGUUGUUUUGUAGAUCAAAACCUAAAACCAUGAUAUUAGAAGAAGAAGAAUCAAUCAUCCCCGUGAAUGAGGCUAUAUCAUAGAUCGUCACUAGGUAUUGCAGCACAUCUGAAAUGCAGACAGUUGUUGAAUGUACAGUGCAAAAGGUUCAGAUAGAUACAUUUCGAUGUCCAUUUGUCCCUAUU